UGACCCAGGGCAUAUCCUUUCAUUUAUUCAGUGUCACCGGUGCAAAGAAGUUGUACACCAAGAGCAGAGAAACUGUUCAUCAUCUGUUGCUGAAGAUCAACAUCCAAUGGCCCAAACACCCCUGACAGACUGGAACUCUGGUCUCUGUGACUGCUUUGAGGAUGCAAGCACUUGUUGCUAUGGUUUCUGGUGCUUCCCCUGCCUCGCCUGCACUGUCUCAGGGAGAUUUGGAGAGAACUCCUGCCUCCCUCUAUGUGACAUUUGCAGCCCUGCCAUCCUGACAUUCUGUGGGAUUCCUCUUUUUGCUCCUCCUGCUGGAUUAUCUGUCAGGGCUGCCAUGAGAAACAAAUAUGGUAUCAAGGGUUCUCUCUGUAAAGACAUUGCAAUCGCCUGUUUCUGUGGGUGUUGCUCCUGGUGUCAGAUGCAUCGAGAGCUAAAAGAACGCAACAAAACCCCAACUGUCAUCACUGCACCGUCUCCUGUCAGGGUGCGGCCUGCUCGAGUGAUGAUGAUGCCUGCACCUUUUUGCGGAGUCGCCUGUUAGGCGAAUCAGCCACAAGUCUUCAUGGCUUCAAUCUGAGACAUGUGCGCAUUGUGUUGCUUGUUGUGAUGGAUUUCACUAUUCAUCAGUGAAACUCAAGUCUGUAGGCAUGUCAAGGAUAUGACAAGUUCUUUCUUAAUAAUCACAAAAAUGAAGUCUAAUUUCAGCUAAUAUAAAUGAUUUCACUUUAAUCUCUAAAUACAGAUUUAUUCUAUAGAUACCAAUAUUAAUCCACAUAUGUUGUUUGCAUGUAUGUUUGACUUUAGUUAAAGCAUCAGGAUUUCAGUGACGUUUCUAGUCGGUGAACAAACUGUCGGUUUACAACAUGUCUGGCCCACUUAUGAAAUUUAUUUGUACAAAAAAAUAAAAUAUAAAGUGUGAAAAAGUUCUGUUGAAUCUCUGUUCAAGCAAAUGAAGCUCCAUUUCUCAUGUCGAUGUGAAGUCCUGACGUAAUGCAAAGUCGGAAACUACAGGUUUUGACAAGGUAAAAGAAUUCCAGAAAAAUCCCAGUAAUCCUAUAGUUAAUGACAUGCGCCGACAACAAACAUAGCUUCAGGAAACUCUCAUCUGGCUGACAGGUUUAUUGUGCAGUGCUUGUAGCAGAUGGGCAUUACAGGAUGCACCCCUACCAAGCUAGAAAAGAUAGCUCACUGUCACUGUCAACAGCAUCCGACACCUCACAUAACUACUGUACUGUCCUGUAAUCUCUGUCACUUACUGUCAAACACUGAAACACAUUUGUCAUCUGUAAAAUACGACCCAGAUUCCCUGAUUGUUGAGCAGGCUUUGGAAAAUGAGCAAGUUUUCUUGUGAGGUGCAACAGACUUCCUUAAAGGAUAAUUAGGCUGAAUUUGAGAUUAAAUUGACUUUACUGUUAAACUGAUUCAGUUUAGUGAUGUGCUGGUACGUGUAGGAAGGACUGAAAUCAUGCAUAUGUCAAGAAUGAAGUCACAUAGUAACAAGGCUUUGCUGUCUUUUUCCAUUUAUUUUUAAAAGUACUUACAUAAUUAGUCUACAUGAUUCCAGUUUUGGUGCUCUCUAUUUAAUUCAUCUUCAUGAUGUCAUUUUCUUUGACUGUUUAUGAAGUGCUUCAUUAAAAUUUCUUUUCAUGGUU